UAAGGUCAGAACCGGCAACAGCACCAUACUACUCUCAAGCCAGUUUUCUUUUCUGUUAUCGUCAUGGCUCGUACAAAGCAGACCGCUCGCAAGUCCACCGGCGGCAAGGCGCCGCGCAAGCAGCUGGCCACCAAGGCGGCCCGCAAGAGCGCACCGGCCACGGGCGGCGUGAAGAAGCCGCACCGCUACCGGCCUGGCACGGUGGCCCUGCGCGAGAUCCGCCGCUACCAGAAGUCCACGGAGCUGCUGAUCCGCAAGCUGCUGUUCCAGCGGCUGGUGCGCGAGAUCGCGCAGGACUUCAAGACCGACCUGCGCUUCCAGAGCUCGGCCGUGAUGGCGCUGCAGGAGGCGUGCGAGGCCUACCUGGUGGGGCUCUUCGAGGACACCAACCUGUGUGCCAUCCACGCCAAGCGCGUCACCAUCAUGCCUAAGGACAUCCAGCUUGCCCGCCGCAUCCGCGGGGAGAGGGCGUUACCUGAACUAGUUGCAGUGAUGUCUGGACGUGGCAAAGGCGGGAAGGGCUUGGGUAAAGGGGGCGCCAAGCGCCACCGCAAAGUCCUGCGGGAUAACAUUCAAGGGAUCACAAAACCUGCAAUCCGUCGCCUGGCUCGUCGCGGUGGAGUAAAGCGCAUCUCAGGUCUUAUUUAUGAAGAGACCCGCGGGGUUUUGAAAGUGUUUCUGGAGAACGUAAUUCGGGACGCGGUCACCUACACCGAGCACGCCAAGCGCAAGACUGUCACGGCCAUGGACGUGGUCUACGCGCUCAAGCGCCAGGGACGCACCCUUUACGGAUUUGGCGUAAUGGCGCGUACAAAGCAAACCGCUCGUAAGUCGACUGGCGGCAAAGCGCCGCGCAAGCAGCUGGCCACCAAGGCGGCCCGCAAGAGCGCACCGGCCACGGGCGGCGUGAAGAAGCCGCACCGCUACCGGCCCGGCACGGUGGCCCUGCGCGAGAUCCGCCGCUACCAGAAGUCCACGGAGCUGCUCAUCCGCAAGCUGCCGUUCCAGCGGCUGGUGCGCGAGAUCGCGCAGGACUUCAAGACCGACCUGCGCUUCCAGAGCUCGGCCGUGAUGGCGCUGCAGGAGGCGUGCGAGGCCUACCUGGUGGGGCUCUUCGAGGACACCAACCUGUGUGCCAUCCACGCCAAGCGCGUCACCAUCAUGCCCAAGGACAUCCAGCUUGCGCGCCGCAUCCGCGGGGAGAGAGCAUAAAUUAUUAUUGCCAACAAGUGCCAACUUAAAACCCAAAGGCUCUUUUCAGAGCCACCUAUAAUUUCACUUUGAGGAACUGUAUCGCAAGGGAACAGAAAAUCCCCGCGACCCCCACCAAGACAAGGCUGGAGGAGGGCAGAACUCCCUUCCCCCCCCCCAAGUAUUCUAUGUACCAAUCCCAGGAAAGGACAGUCACCCCUGCACACUCUGUCUUCCAUAUAAGAACAGGACAUUGACCCCUGAAACUACUUUUCCUCUGCAAUCCUUAAAGUUAUUUGAGAAACAGCCAGGGGAAAAUAGGUGAUAUAUAAAUAUUCUUAUCCUCUUAACCCCUAAAAGAGAAAUAAACCUCCCAUGUGAAGAUAUCCUUAUACCAGUAUGAGAAUAGAAAGUAUCCUUAAUAGAAUUUGGGAAUUAAUGCUAAGAAAGCUGUAUAAGCAAACUUCAUUUGUCUGCUACCCCAAGUACAAGCCAUAUGUAUGUGUGUGUAUAUAUAUAUAUAUGUAUGUAUAUAUAUAUAUAUAUAUAUGGCAUAUAUAUAUAAUGUAAAUAUAUAUAUAGCCUGCUUUGGUUACUUCGGUGGUCUCAUUUCUGAAUGACCUCCGUGCGUACAAAUUGUUUUUUUCCCCCGUUAAUCUAUGUCAAUUUAAUUAUAAGAUCAGGCAAAAUAAUUCAAAUUUCCCUCUCCCUGAUACAAGAAGUCCAGGGAUGACAUCAGGUAUGAGAAAAAGAGUGGGUCCUUGAGCAACCUGGAAAGCAUCCUAGGGAUGCUUUAUGUGACAUGCACACACAUACACGUGUGUGCACAUGAACAUGAACAUAUUCAAGAACCCAGGCUGAGUACUACUGGAGAGCAGUUUGGUGUUAACUUAUUUGCUUCUGUACUGAGCAAUACAUCCUCUGGUAAAGGUCGUCAUACUUUCUGUACUGAAAAUAGAGACCUGGUACCCAAAAAAUGGGUUCCAUGGGAUUUCCAGAGUUCAACUUCCAGCAGCACCACCAGCAGAGUGGGCAGCAGGGCUGUCAGUGAUACAGUUGGGCAUAGCACUAGUGCACCAAAUCUGGGGCCUGAACUAAUAAGUAUGUUCAGCACACCAGGAAUUUAUAGGUUGUUGCAGCAUAUAACUGAAAAUUCAGAUUGUGCAGAAUGUGUCUGCAACCCGCAUGAGAAACAUGAUAUAGUCACUAAGGCAGAACUUAGGCUUUGCCAUAAUCACCUAUUAUUCAUCCUCAAAGAGCCAAUGAGACAACAGCUCCUAACUUUCCUCUAACAAAUGCAGAAUCCUAGGACAAACCCUAGAGCAAUGCCAGGUUUGUAGAUUCAGUUAGGUUUUACAGACGUUGGCAAUGGGAACGCCCAGCCUUAUUCCUGGGUUUACUCCAGGUCUAGGGGGAUUAGGCAACACUGGAGGCUCUUCAGGAGCUAAGUGAAUACCUCUGCAGAAAAGUGAGAACACACGUCCCGUGGCAGGAACCAAAGAAACUGGACACCAACAGUUAAUUUAACAAAUGUUGCAGACUGUUACUGGAGCAAAUCCUCAGCUACAGAAACCAGAAGUCACACUUCAGAAACAGUGGGAAUAGCUCAGUGCAAUGUUUUUGAACCUUGAAGCAAAGCUGCAAGUGAUAAUGGCAAUGCAAUGUGAUUUCUAUGUGACUAUUGAAAGGCUUUUUAGGCUCCCAGUCAUCAUCGCAGCACUUCUGCCAUUUUAAAAAAUGUAAUUUUCAGGUGGAAUGCAGGAAAUACAAAAAGCAAACCAAAAUUGGGGGGGCGGAGCAGCUGGGGAGAAACAACAAAAAUUCUGUGCAUGAAAGUCCAUAACAGCUUUAUUUAUAAAUUAGAAACAACUUAAUAUCUUUCAGCUGGUGAAUGGUUAAGUAAAUUCUCAUACCCCAUGCAAUGCAGCCCUACUCAGCAAUAAAAAGGGAGGCUAUUGAUACAUGCAACUACCUAGAUGGGUAAUGCUUAGUGAAAAAAGCCAGUCUCAAAAUGUUACAUUUUGUAUUAUUCCAUGUAUAUAACAUUAUCAAAAUGGCAAUUCUAGAGGUGGAUAACAGAUUAGUGAUUGCCCCAGGACAGGGGAGAAGUGGGUGGAUGUGAAUAUAAAAGUGUUACAUUAAAGAGUUCGUUGGUGAUCACGGAACAGUUUUGUGUCAGCGUUGAGAUGGUAGUGACACAUAAAAUUGCACAGGGCUACACACACACACACACACACACACACACACACACACACACACACAAAUGGGUGCAUGGAAAAAUUGGUGAGAGCUGAAUAAGGCCUGUAGGCUAGUUAAAAGUACUUUGCCAAUGUCAAUUACCUGCCUUUGAUAUUAUAAUAUAAUAAGAUUUCACCAUUAAGGGAAACUAGGUUCGAGGAACUCUAGGUACUAUUGGAGCAACUUUUUGUGAAUUUAGUUAUUUCAAAAUAACAAUGUAAAAAGAGCUGUGAUCUUUCUUUAGCAAUUGCUACUGUGUAUUGCUUUGGAUUCCAAGGCUUGUUUAACAAAUUAAUGUUCUUUUUUUGGUGUGUUUUGUUUUGUUUUUGCAUAAAUAGCAGUGUUUUCCUUUCUUCUGGUUGUUCUAGUGAUGAAUUGUUCUAGUGAUGUCCAUUGAACAGAAGUUUGGUUCGUUUAUGUUGGUGUGUGAUUUUUUUAGCUAUUGCUGCCACUACCUCAAAAGUAAAUUGAGUUUUGAAAUUUGAUAUUUGUAAUCUCAGAUUUACUGAUGGGGUAAUUUGGUUGAGCUACUGCUCAGAUCUUAGGACAGUGUGCUUGGUAUAUCAUAGU